AUGUCUGAUGAUACCCUAGCCGAACCUCCUUUUUCCGCUACCUUUCCGCUACCUUUCCGUGUCUUGACCCUCGCUGGACUCGGAAUACUUGGAUGGGCGGCGAAUCUGCAUGGACUGCGCUUCGCGGGACUGGAUGCUCGCUCUGUGCUUGAUCUGGAUCACUAUGAUACACAUAGGAUUCGAACUGUCUCAUCAUCACCGUUGGAUGGCCGAGUCAACUCAAGGUGGAGAUAUUCCAGGAACUCUGCAGCGCUCUACAAACCCGUCUACAAACUCUUCACUCAGUAUGCACUCUGGACUGUCGCGACCUGGUCAAUAUACAGGUACGCGACGUUUGGGGACAUCUCUCGCGUAGAUGCAUUCAAGUUUAUACCUGCGGUCGCGAUAUUGGUUGUCUUGAUGAUUCUUAUCUCUCCUUUCCACAUUAUUGCGAAAGCAGAACGUGACAAGUUUCUCUACUCGAUAUGUCGAUGCUUAUUUCCUUCUCGUCGGAUCCACUUCGCCGAUGUGGUUUUUGCAGAUGUCUGUACGUCAUUUGCGAAGGUACUAGGAGACGUCUGGCUGUCAUUUUGCAUGCUCAUGCCUGGUGGGAGCCUCAUUGUAACACCGCCGCAGGAUGGAUGGACGCGUUGGAUCCUACCAACAUUGAUGAGCUUGCCAUAUGCAGUGCGGUUCAGGCAAUGCCUUGUUGAGUACAGAUCACCCACCAACGAGAGUCAGCGACCUCUUUUCAACGCAAUGAAAUACGCGACGUCAUUCCCUGUCAUAUACUUAUCAGCAGCGCAACGCAUCGUCGUAUCGGAACUGGUUGCCAUAAAGGGCGAAGCGGCAAGCCAUGAAGUUUGGCACGGCGAGCAUGCGUUAUUUCGACUAUGGCUAUUUGCUGCAGUAGUAAACUCACUGUACUCGUUCUGGUGGGACGUAACCAAUGACUGGGGCUUUGAUCUCCUCGUCCCGCGUUCAUCCGAUCCUGAACUUGUGCAUCGCCAAUCACGACUCGCAUCGUCCCUUCCGCGUCCCUUGCUACUAUUCCCCAUGCAGUUUCGAACCGCCUCAUCGGGCAAACAGCCGCCCUCUCCUCCUGCCGAUGUCGACGGGUCGAAAGAGUCGUUCGCAGGUGGCGAUGUGCACACUACGCCCAAUCCGAGACGACUAUGGCAUCCGUACGGGCUUCGUCAUACGUUGCUCUUCCCGUUGCCAGUCUAUCCGUUCGCAAUUAUUGUGGACUUGGUACUCCGCCUUACGUGGAGCGCGAAGCUGUCCAGCCAUCUACACGCUUAUGCGGAAGGCGAUGUGGUGAUGUUCUGUUUCGAGUUUGCCGAAGUUGUACGACGGUGGAUGUGGGUUUUCAUCCGAGUGGAGUGGGAAGUGGUAAAUCAAGAUGUGCGCCCGCGCAGCCCUCCUCCCACGAACCGAUUGGAGAGCAUCGGCGAGGAUGAGUAUGAAAUGGUUUCUCCGAAGGAUGCUGCAUUCGCUUCUUCGGGAGGAUAA